ACACAUACUAAACAUUGCAGCAAGCCACAGGUGUGAUAGUUCUUAUACAUUUCACUCUUGAACUUUUGAAAAUAAUUUGAAGUGGAGAAAUGAUUAGUUAAUUAUAAUUUAGUUUUUUUGUGAAAAAUUACAAAGCAAUAAAGUGGCUUUAAAAGAGAAGGCGUAUAUUUAAAAAAAUUACCUAGCGAAUGAGAUACAACAACAAGUAAGCCCUUUAAGCCGCUUUCACGGAUUGGCAUAAAUGCUCUUGAACAACAAAAAUAAAGGUAUUGGCACAAUUUUGGAAAUAAAGCAAGAAACAAAUAUGUCGAAAGAGAAUGCAAAGGAGACCUCCGACACCACUUUCGCCACAAUGAAUGGUAAGUCAAUAACUAACGGCAAACCUGUUGUUAAUGGCCGCAAUACUCCACAUACCGAUGCAAAUACAAUGCCACCUCAAAAAUCGGUAAUAAUUGCGUAUAUAAUGUGGCUUUUUGGUGGCAUAUUUGGACUACAUCAUCUCUAUUUGCAUCGUGAUCGACAUGCUUUCAUCUGGUGGUGUACCCUGGGUGGAUAUUUUGGUGUCGGUUGGCUGGCGGAAAUCGCAUUAAUACCAGAAUAUGUGCGUGAUGCUAAUGAAGAUCCAGCCUUCAUUAAAUCAUUUGUAGCCCGCUUACAAGCGAAUCGUCGACCGCCCUACUCCGCAAAGCGAUUUGUGGGCGAGGUGAUGAUUGGUUAUCUCUUUGGGCAAGUGGUGCUCAUGGCUAUACCGGAAACGAUUUUUGCCGGCAUUGAUUGGGGUUUCCUUCAUUGGCUUAUACCAGUUUUUAUAUCUAUAGGUGUAUGGACCGUUGGUAAUAUUGGACGUGAACGUGGAGUUUGGUGGCAUUGUUUAAUUGCUGCCAUUCUCAUAUAUCCAACGCGUUAUCUAAUUUAUGACGAAACAUAUUCAUUGCUACUAACUGCACUAGUGUCGGCACUAGUUUUCGAUAGUUAUUCAAAACAGUGGCUACGCACACCACCAAAAAGACAUACACUCGUGAAAAGAUCCUUUAAAUUUACAGCUGCGCUGUUGAUUUACUUUUCAUUCUGGGGUUGUUUUCUCUAUUUCAAUGGCACAAUUUCCGACGAGGAAGGCGGCGAGGUGCCCAUACACGAAGCUUUGCGUAAUUUUCUCACCUCAACCUGGUGGACGGAUUUCACGCAAGCUCUGAAAGAUACAUACCAAUAUGCACAACAUCACGGCUGGUAUGAGACAUGGAAGGAGAUCUUCGAAAGUAUGGAUGUGGAUGGCGAACGUAAUUCCUACAAGGUAUUGGGUGUAAGUGCAACAGCCUCUCAAGCCGAAAUAACAUCAGCGUACCGACGGCUAUCCAAAGAAUUCCAUCCAGAUAAGGUAAAAGAUGAGAAAUUGAAAGCGGCUGCCAAUCAACGAUUUAUUGAAAUUCAACAGGCAUACAAUGUCCUUAGUAAAAUCAAAUCAAGUCGUCGUCGUAAGAACAAAAAGUCCGUUGAAGACGAACCCAUUGUUUUAUAAAAAAUUACUGAAUUGUUGCUUUCCGGACGUUAGAAACGUUGCGUUUCUUUCGUAUUUAUGUAUUAAAACAAUCGAACAUUUUCAUUAUUUAUAUCCAAACCAUUAGGUAUGCAUUUAACUUAGUCAUAAUCAAUAAUUUAUAUUAUUUAUUUUAUUUGAAACCCAGUUAAAACUUAGUUUAAGUGAUAUUUUAAUUUAAAAUGUAAUAUUUUUAUUUAUAUUUUUGGUUAAAAAAUGUUAAAAUUUUGUAAGUUAAUGCGCGGUUCUUAGCAACUUGAACCUAGAAAUUUCGUAAUAAACACAUAUGUACAUACGUAUGUACGUAUAUAUCUCGGCUGAAAUAUAAAUUUAUAA